AUGAGCAGCUUCAGAGUUCUAGACUUGGUAAAGCCCUUUACCCCAUUUCUGCCUGAGGUUAUCUCUCCAGAGAGAAAGGUCCCCUUUCAACAGAAGUUGAUGUGGACUGGAGUCACUCUUCUGAUCUUCUUGGUCAUGAGUGAAAUUCCCCUGUAUGGUAUCACUUCAAGUGACUCCUCUGACCCUUUGUUUUGGCUGCGUAUGAUGUUGGCCUCUAACAGAGGAACGCUGAUGGAGUUAGGUAUCUCUCCUAUUGUCACUUCUGGAAUGGUGUUCCAACUGUUGCAGGGAAUCCAAAUCUUGGACGUGAACAUGGAAAACAAAGCAGACAGAGAGUUGUUCCAAACUGCUCAAAAAGUGUUCGCCAUUUUGCUGAGUAUCGGACAAGCUACUGUUUAUGUUUUAACUGGAAUGUAUGGCCCCCCUGGUGAACUAGGAGUUGGUGUCUGUCUUUUGUUGGUUCUUCAAUUGGUGUUUGCAGGUAUUGUGGUCAUUUUGUUGGAUGAACUCUUACAAAAAGGUUACGGUUUAGGAAGUGGAAUUUCUCUUUUCAUGGCCACCAACAUUUGUGAGCAGAUUUUUUGGAAGACUUUUGCUCCUACCACCGUUAACCGUGGAAGAGGUAAGGAAUUUGAAGGAGCUUUCAUUUCUUUCUUUCACCUGAUCUUGACCAAGAAGGACAAGAAGAGAGCUCUGUUGGAAUCAUUUUACAGAGACAACGCUCCAAACAUGUUCCAAGUUAUUGCUACUCUUGUCGUCUUUUUCACCGUUGUCUAUCUUCAGGGCUUCCGUUUGGAGAUUCCAGUUAAGUCUACCCGUCAAAGAGGUCCUUACGGAACUUACCCAAUCAGAUUGUUCUACACAUCCAACAUGCCAAUCAUGUUACAAUCCGCUUUGACCUCAAACAUUUUCAUUAUUUCCCAGAUGUUGUAUUCACACUUCCCUGACAAUGCCUUUGUUAAGCUCAUUGGAACUUGGGAAGCUCAACCUGGUUCAGCACAACUGUUUGCUGCCUCGGGAUUAGCCUACUACAUGCAGCCUCCAAUGUCCCUGAGUCAAGCUUUAUUAGACCCUAUCAAGACUGUCGUCUACGUUGUGUUUGUUUUGACCACUUGUGCCAUCUUCUCCAAGACAUGGAUUGAGAUUUCGGGAUCUUCCCCAAGAGACGUUGCUAAGCAAUUCAAAGACCAAGGAUUGGUUAUUGCUGGACACAGAGAUGCUACUGUUUACAAGGAGUUGAAGAAGAUUAUACCAACAGCCGCUGCAUUUGGAGGUGCCACAAUUGGUGCACUUUCCGUUGUUUCCGACCUUUUGGGUACUUUAGGUUCGGGAACCUCCAUCCUUUUGGCUGUUACAACCAUCUAUGGUUACUACGAGUUGGCUGUUAAGGAAGGUGGUUUUUCAAAGGGUGGACCCUCUGGAUUCGUUGAUCUGUAA